UCGCAUGACACCACUUUCUGUAGAUCCACUCCACUGUGUUAAAAAGUGCAAGGAGGAGGUCCCCCUUGUGAAAAUGGCCUCCAGAGGUGGCACAGUGUUGCUAGUUCCCCCAAGCAGAAGUGAGCCAAGCUGCAGAGUAUAAGAGAAGGCAAACCUGCUGUGCCUUGGCCCCAUCAUCACUUGCCUGUCUUGACUGCAAAAGGCCGCCAUCUUGGGCGUGCUUUCUGGGGGCUAAUGCCUAACUUCUGUAGGACUUGAUUUGAAAUAUAGGUGCCACAAUGGCUUCCCAAGAGAGGACCACACCAGCUGUGGCCAAAGGCACUGGAUUCUGGCAUGUGCCCACUGUGACCAAAUACAGCCAGGAAACACAAGAACUGCUAAAAGUGAUGAUGCAAGAAUCCAGACUUACCAACUUCCAGCAGCGUCAUCUUGUAAACUGCAUGAAACAAGGUGAUUCCCUGCCUCUCCGCUGCAACCCAACAUCUAGCAAAGAACCACAGAUUCCAAAGUCUGUCUCACCUUCCAAGGAUUUUCUUUCCAUCAGCCCCUAUGGUAGAUCACAUCGACGUCCUGCUGAGAUCUGCCAGGCAGGAGAUGCAUAUACCCGGGAGAAGUUCAGGCCUCAAGCCACUCGAGACCUAGAGAAGGAAAAGGAAAGGCUCCAAAAUAUCUUCGCAAAGGGAAAGGAUAAGAUAAGGAAAAAAACCCAGAAGCAACCAGUCAAAGUGGAAGAAGAUGUACCAGAACUGGACCGGUUUGAUGAAUUGGUAAAUGAAAUCCAAGAUCGACAGAAGUUUCUGGCAGAGAUGGAGGCUCUGGGACAGGGCAAGUCAUACCAUGGUAUCAUCCUUACUGAAAUAUCACAGAAACUACGUGAGAUGGAGAUAAUUGAUAAGCAGAGAAGUGCAGAACUGAAAGAGGCAAUGGCUAAAUCCUUCAAUACAGGCAACAAACCUGAACCUGAAAACACAAAUGAAGAAGGCCAGUAAUCCUUUACCCAUUUAGCAUAAGACUGUUUCACCCUAACUACUUUCUGCUACCCUUAUGAGCUUCACAGAAGACAGGGUCAAGAAUGGCUCUUAAUGGUGUAAUUGUAACACUGUAGUGAAGCAAUGCACAAUGUUUUUGGACUUGAGAGCCCCAUUUAUUGGUGAGCUGUAAGACAGCUGCACAUACAUGCUCUCCCCACCCAAAGUCUUCCUGUCUGCUCAAUGCAUUCUUCCGUCUGUUUAUCUCAACUGAGAUUGCUUUUUACCUGCCUUUGCCAGCAGCAAGUAAACAAUAAUCUUGGAAGCUAGUGAACAUCAUUUCCCUUGCAGCUCAGCUGAUCAAAAAUCCUGUUUUCUGCAUGAACUCAGAAGAUUAGGAACUCUCUGUUCAUAGUAUUUUGCAGUAGCAGAGCCUUCUCAAGGGUGUGGCUUACAAGCAGCCAGUGAACUGCUGUUUGGGAACAAUAAAGGCACAAAGUGCUUUCUUUCUCUAAGCAGACAAGGAAGUAAUAAUAGAACCCAGUGUACCUCAUGUCAUUUUCUAGCAUUUAGUGCUUCUGUUCAUUAGGAUGAGAACUGUGUGAAGAACUUUCAGCAAGUGUUCAGGUCACAUAUUUUUGAAUGGACCUCUGCAAGAUUCACUGGAAGUUAAAUUUUGCUAUUUCAAUCAUAAUCUUGUGUAUAAUCACACAGGAACAAAUAUGGUAUGUUCUGAACCAAAGUAAAAAAGUGACAUAUCGGUGCACUUUAUCUAAACACAAGCCUUUUUCUUAAUGUGGGUAUAGAGUAAGUAGCCAGGGUCAAUCUAGAUGUAAUGGAGGAGUCAUGUUUGUCUGCUCAUAUGUCUGCCUCAAUCAUGCAGAAAGCUUCAGUUUGUUACAGCCAUGGGUGUGGGUGGGUGAGGGGAGCUGAUAUCAUCCGUGCCUUAAUUCACUGCACUCUGUAGCUGGAAGCAUCUUUUGCUCCAUUGCUGGUAUCAGAAAUUGAGCUUAGAGAAAAGUGACUAAGCACAAAGAGAUAGAAAAGGACAUUCAGCUCCCUUCAUUUGUCCAUAUUCUAAGUUAGAUGUGACAGGGCAGGCAGGUGUGCGCUUAAGUCUACUGCAACCGUCAGCAGUCUCACUUAGAAUAAAAAGAAGACUAGUGUUGGAUAUAUACUUGAGACUUCAUGACCCUCUGUUUUUAACUCCCUGGAAAUAUAUUUAUGUAGAAAUGAUUUUGUUCUCUUUUUUCUAUAACAAAGUGGUUCAAAACACAGAAAUAAACACUACAACAGACAUUCA